AUGAUGGAUGCUAGUAUAAGGUGUAAUGAAAGAUUAUUAUGCACUUAAUGCUCUGUUGAAUAUGAUAGAGACUCAAAAUUAAUGGGAUUCUAAAAAGUAGUUUAAAUUUUAGAGGAAAAAUAAAUAUAAAAGUUAUAGGAAUUUGAAAAGCUUGCUGUUAUUUUAAUUUAAUAGAUUGAAGAAUUUCAAAUAAUCGUUCACAAUCUAAAAUCACAACUCUUUUAAUAAUUAGAUUUUCUAUUAGAGAUUUGCAGGGAUUAAAUUAAUAAUUUGUACAUUUUAGGAUAAAAAUAUUCCUAAUUCAGUUUUUUUCAAGAAUUAGAUAAUUUGAUUAAAAAUGAAAAUGGUGAAUUUUUGAUUAAACCAGAAAUAAAUUCAAUUUAAAAUAUUUGGAAGAAGAAAAUGUUAACAAAACUAGAGUAAUUUAAAGUGUUUGAAAUAUAUAAAAAAUUGUAAGAAAUUUUGAAAAAAUCUUUGAAAAUUGAAGAGAUGCCAAUAUAAAAUAAUUCAUAGACAGCUCCGAAUUCUCCACAAAAAAAAUCAUAAUAAUUAUUUUCAAUUCAUACUCCUUCUGUAUCCACUAAGAAAAUAAAUAAUUAAUCACCUUAAAAAUAUAAAUAAGUUCCAUUUUCCCCACAAUAAACUUAGAAAAUGAAAACAUAACCUUAAGAAAAAUUAAUAAUAAAAGAAUAGGAAAAAGAAAAUAAAAAACGAAAGCUAUUUAUUUAAAAGAUUACAGAAGUAUCUUAUAAAUAAUAAGAAGAAUGUUAUGCUAUAGCUAUAAAUCAUGAUAAUACUCUUUUAGUGGCUGCAGCAAAUUAACAUAUUAAGAUUUUUGAAUUAAAUUUAUCAAAUACUGAAAAAAAUUAACCAUAAUCUUUAGAUUUGAAUCAGUAUCUUUUUGAUGAGCAUUCAUGUAAAGUUUCUACAUUAAACUUUUUUAAUAAUUCAUCAUAUUUGAGAAAUUCUUUUAUAUCAGGUUCUCAAGAUUCAAAAAUUAUAAUUUAGUCUCCUUCAUCAUCUUAAAAUAAACCUUUAAGAUGGAGAUCUUCAGUAAUAUUAGAUGGUCAUUCAAAUUAUAUUAGAUGUAUAAUAGUUCAUCCUUUUCAAGAUAUGAUAAUCAGUGGAUCUCAUGAUAAAACUAUUAGAUUUUGGUCUUCUCAUUCAAUCUCAAAUUAAUGGCCAACAUGGAGAUGUAAAUAGAUUAUUAAUAAUCAUUAAGAUACAGUUUGGGCAUUGUCAAUGAAUUAAAAUGGAACUAAAUUAAUUUCUAGUGGAAAUGAUUAAAAAUUAUUAGUUAUGGUAUUAUCAAGUCAUUCAGUAUGGUUAGUAUAAUAAUAAAUAGAUGUUAAAAAAAGAGGAUAUAGAUUAAGUUUUAUUACAAAUGAUUUAUUUGUAUUUCAAUAAGAAUCUGUAUCAAAAUUAAGUAUUUAUGUUUUUGAUUCCAAUUCAUCCAACUUUAAAAAAAAUGAAGAGUUUUCUAUUUCAGGUGAAGGCCAAACAUGUGAUCCUCGCUUUCCUUGUAUUUUUAAUUCAAAUAAAAGCUUAUUAAUUAGUAAAAAUGGCCACUAAAUUCAAAUUAUUAGAUAUAGAGAAGCUUUAAAUUAUUUUUAAGUUGAGGAAAUAAUUGAUUUUAAAGGAGAUUAUCUAAGAGGAGGAUCAUUGAGCUAAGAUGGAGAAUUUUUAGUUUUUUGGGAUAAAAGAUCAAGCGAAAUAUAAAUUAGAUAGCUUCAUGAAUAAUGA